AUGAGCCACGACGAUUUCGAGGCCUAUCUCCGCCUCACAAGAGGCGGUAUGACACCUGGACACGAGCAGAUUUACAAUUUUCUCAAAGUCGACGGGCCUCGAGCUGCGGGUUACGAGAUUCGCUGUAAAGACAUUAACCGCCUCGUCUUUGGUGAUGCUGGCCGGCGCGAGAGCGUAGGGUGCAGUAACACGCAGUUUGUCAACCGUGGCGAGAAUAUGCAAUGCGUUCAUUGCUCGCAUCAAGUCGACAAGUUUUACCUUCGCGCCGGUAGCUACAUCGAGACGCACGACAUCCCUCCAGAUACCUGA